CUUGAACAGAGCCAAAUAAAGACCCCGGCAAGACAAGGCCGGGGGGCUUCAUGUCCAGACGUCACGCAUUUGAUGUCUGCCAGGAGUGAACUGAAGAACUUAAGCCAAGGGUAGGUUAAUCGGUCGAAGUCGAAUGACUGGAAAGAAAGCCGCAAAACCGCGAACCUUCCUGGACGGUGGGACUGCCCUCCCGACACCACCAACCAAUCACAACCUGCAAGAGCGGGCCAGGCUGCGAGGACCCGACCCCAGAGGACACAACCCGGAGCGUUCUGCCCGCGCAGCGGGGGCGGCGACCGCGGUUCCGGGGACGACGCGACGACGCGACGACGCGCCGCCCGACCGGUAGGGGUCGCCCUCGGGGAGCGGGCUCGAAGGCCACGACGUGUGCCGCGCCUCCGCCUCACGCUGCCACUGACCGCUCGACCCGCAGACAUGGUGGAAGCGGAUCGCCCGGGGAAGCUCUUCAUCGGCGGGCUCAACCCCGAAACCGACGAGAAAACCCUCGAGACCGCGUUUGGCAAGUAUGGCCGCAUCACCGAGGUGCUCCUGAUGAAGGAUCGAGAAACCAGCAAGUCCAGGGGCUUCGCGUUCGUCACCUUCGAAAACCCGGCAGACGCCAAGGCCGCCGCCAGAGACAUGAACGGCAAGUCCCUGGAUGGUAAGGCCAUCAAGGUGGCGCAGGGGCUGCCCUCCCCCGCGCGAUUCCUACAGCCGUUCGGGCCGAGGGUCCCCCGAGGCGGAGGCCGCCUGGGAAGCCGCUCGGAGAGAGGGGGAGGCCGGAGCCGAUACUGA